AUGAAAUCAGGAUAUUGGCAAAUCCAGAUCGCCGAAAAAGACAGGUACAAGACUAAGAAAUAUGAUAAAUACGAGUCUAAGUCUGAGCCUAAGAAACCAUAUAAGACCUUUAAGAAAAAGAAAUACGUAGGGGAAACUAGUAAGAAUGCUAGUAAAGGAAAGAAAGGUGCGGUCCCAACAUGCUACAAAUGUGGAAAAGUCGGACACUAUAAAUCCGAAUGUAAAAUGAAGGACAAAAUCAGUAACUUAAGCAUUAGUGAAGAACUUAAGCAGCAACUUUGCCAAAUAAUGCUUAAUUCCUCCGAUUUUGAGCAAGAAAGUGAUAACGAACUAGCUCAGCUAGAAAAUGAAGGAUUAUUUGAAUCUGAUACUAAAACUAGUUCAGAUAGUGAAGAUGAGUGCGCCUGUCAAUUCAAUGAUCUCAAAAUAUGUGUUUUAACCAAAGAAGAAAGUCUGAUAAUAGACUUAAUUGACAAAAUAGAGGAUCCAGAGAAAAAGAGAGAGGCGCUUGAAAGUUAUAUCUCACUAGCUAAAGUAGGACCAAGUAACCUGCAGCCAGCUGUAACUAAUGUGAGACAACCAGUUGAAAACUAUAGCUUUAAAACUAUAGUGAACAGGAUGAAUGACAAAAUUCACAAGAAAGAACCUACUCUCAAUGAUCUGCAGUGCGAAGUUCAUGAUGUGAAAGAAGAACUUAGAGAGAUAAAAAAUAGGGUUAGAAUUCUAGAACUCUAUCGCCCUUUUUCGGAAAAAGAUACAGAAGAAAAAUCGGAGCAAUUAGAAUUUGAAAAUCUAAUGGAAGAAUUUCAAGAGAAAAUUGAACUUGUGAGAAAAGAAUCCCUACAAGAAGAGCAGGUUAAUACCAUGAAAUUUGUUAAUAGUAUAGAUAGAGUGAUAGCUCUAAAAUGGGACAAGCAACAGUUACAAAGAUUCUUAGGAAGUCUCAAUUACAUAAAGCAUUUUUAUAAAGAUUUAGCUCAGGACUCAAAAUUAUUAUAUCAAAGGUUGAAAAAGAACCCGGUUUCUUGGUCUGAUGAACACACUAAAGCUGUAAGGAGACUGAAAGUUAAAGUCAAAGAACUUCCUUGUUUAGCUUUAGCCAACCCAGAAGCCUUUAAAAUCGUAGAAACUGAUGCUUCAGAAAUAGGGUAUGGGGGAAUCUUAAAACAGAGGGUUAAUAACUCAGAACAAUUAGUUAGGUUCACCUCUGGAGUUUGGAAACCAGCUCAAAAGAAUUAUUCUACUGUUAAGAAAGAAAUGCUAGCCAUUGUCCACGCUGUCUCUAAAUUUGAAAGUGAUCUUUUCAAUAAGAAAUUUUUGAUAAGAGUAGAUUGCAAGGCUGCCAAAGACAUUUUGUUCAAGGAUGUUAAAAAUCUAGCAUCCAAACAAAUUUUUGAAAGAUGGCAAGGAAUUCUUUCUGCUUUUGAUUUUGAUAUUGAAUUUAUUAAAGGUGAAACUAACGCACUCCUGGACUUCUUACCUCGAGAAUUUUUGCAGGGUGCGAACUAG